GAGGCGGGCGGAGCGAGGAGUGGGAGGGCGCGCUCCAGCCGGCGGGCAGGCGAGUAGCGUCCCCUCCAGCAUCUGCCGUGGCCGCGUUUGCCUGAAGCCCGUAGACUUACGGACGGAGAGAUCGCCUGGCCGAGGGACGCGGGCGCUCGCCUGGUGCUCGGGGUCAGCUUCGACAAGGCUCCGGGCUUGCAGCGCGCGGGUUCCCUGCCUGUUCGCGGCCACCCCGGCUCCGGCGGCCUCGGGGUGCCAGGGGCUGGAGGUACGGGAGCCGCUCUCCGCCGGUCGGACCCCGCGUGGAUCAGCUUGAGCCGCCACGCCGCGGCCCCCCGAGCAGCGUCUCCGAGCCCCUGCUUCCUGCCGGGCUGCUCCGAGCACCAGUGCUCCGGGGCUCCAAACUCGGGCUGCCGGGACAAGUGUCUUCAUGAACCCAGAGGAUGUCCGGGAAGCACUACAAGGGUCCUGAAGUCAGUUGUUGCAUCAAAUAUUUCAUAUUUGGCUUCAAUGUCAUAUUUUGGUUUUUGGGAAUAGCCUUUCUCGGAAUCGGACUGUGGGCGUGGAACGAAAAAGGAGUUCUGUCCAACAUCUCUUCCAUCACCGACCUCGGCGGCUUUGACCCGGUCUGGCUCUUCCUUGUGGUGGGAGGAGUGAUGUUCAUUCUGGGGUUUGCAGGGUGCAUUGGAGCCCUGCGGGAAAACACGUUCCUUCUCAAAUUUUUCUCUGUGUUCCUGGGAAUUAUUUUCUUCCUGGAGCUCACUGCUGGCGUUCUGGCAUUUGUUUUCAAAGACUGGAUCAAAGACCAGCUGUAUUUCUUUAUAAACAACAACAUCAGAGCGUACAGGGAUGACAUUGAUUUGCAAAACCUCAUAGACUUCACCCAGGAAUAUUGGCAGUGCUGUGGGGCUUUUGGAGCUGAUGAUUGGAACCUAAAUAUUUACUUCAAUUGCACAGAUUCCAAUGCAAGUCGGGAGCGAUGCGGCGUGCCCUUCUCCUGCUGUACUAAGGACCCCGCGGAAGAUGUCAUCAACACUCAGUGUGGCUACGACGCCAGGCAGAAACCAGAAGUCGAUCAGCAGAUUGUAAUCUACACGAAAGGCUGCGUGCCCCAGUUUGAGAAGUGGUUGCAGGACAACUUGACCAUCGUGGCCGGUAUAUUCAUAGGCAUUGCGUUGCUGCAGAUUUUUGGGAUCUGCCUGGCCCAGAAUUUGGUCAGCGACAUUGAAGCGGUCAGGGCCAGCUGGUAGAGCAGAGGCCCUGGCACCGCUGCUGCGAGACACUGGACGACCCAGCCUUCCGGGCCCUCCGCGUGCCCAGCCGAAUCCACGCUGCAUGGACCCCGCCACAGCGGCGCCCGCGGUCCUGCCUGUCGGAGCUGCCGAGAACUUGUGGUGGGGGGUGAAGCUGGGAAGUGCUGCUCACUGGCAGAAUUAAAGAAAAAAAAAAAACAGUAUGAAAGUCGUCACGCCGUGAAUCUCUACUGUAGCCAUGAAUUGAUGGAUGGUCGGAUGCUUACCAAAACCAGAAAAAAAAGGGAGGGUGAGGGACACAGGUGUACUUGAGUAUGUGGAAAGCAGCCCCGCCCUCCACGUCAGUACCUGGGAGGCUGGGAGGGGCCCGCUUGGCUCUUCCUCCCACGGCGAAGGGACUGCCUUCUGUUCCACGGCCCGAGGAAGGGCGCCUUUUCCAAAACCCAGCCCCUUUCCUGUAGUGCGGGGGGCUGGCCUCCCUCUGCUCUCCAACUCAAGGAAUUGUGACAACUCUCAUCCCAAGAAGAAAGCAGCUUGUCUUUAAGGUCAGACUUGGUGACCACAGUAACUGGCGGGGAGGGGGCACAUUCGGUGUCGGUCUAAGAGAAGUUGUGUAUUUCCCACACUCUGAGCAAGGACGUGGGAACACUCCGUGAUGCUGAGUGUUAGCAGGACAGCUCUUUUUUCUAAGUAGGCCUGUGCUUUAUUGAUUAGUGAGAUCCAAGAAGAGAAUGAAGUUCACGAUGGGGUAUUAAAUACUCCCUCCCCCCAGCACACCAAAUUAGGCGUUGGAUUCUUUGGAAAUUCUGGAAUACUUUGGGGUUUCGGCUUUUUAAAAUUUUUUGGGGGGGUCUCCCAAAAGGGAAAGCGACAGUUUCUCUUAAAUUCUGAAGUGUUUCUUCACAGGCUCGAAUAUUAAUUUCUUUGUGUAAUCUUCUUGCAUGACCUGUGAAUCUGAACCCACCAGGUACUCUUUCUGCCAUCUUUCCCACACCAUUUAUAGAUGGGAUUUGGCCGGCAUGUACCCGAUGGGUUCGUGGACUUGGGAGGCACGGCGAGUCCUCCCUGGCUGGGGAGGGACCGGCUGGGCUAUCGCAGAUGCCUCCCUGGACUCAGCUGCCCCUUAAUCGUUUACGGUGGUCUUGGUCUCUUCUGCACCCUGUCCCUCCUUCUCGUCGAAUGGAAUCGAACCCCAUCCCAAAACAACGUGGGCACAAUCAGAAAGCCUCUAGUGGGUUUUUUUCUUCUGGUUUUAAUUUUCUUUUAUUAAAAGAAAAUAAGAGUGCAGGGGCAGAACUUCUUCUGUUCUCUUAGUGCAGACUAGCCGUCAGGAUGGUGACGAAGCACAAACACCAUGGAGGAGAGGACGUCGAUGGGACAAGCGCUCUGGGUCACUGGUGGGAAACCACCUCCAGGCGCUGCCGCCCACCCUGCCCCAGUGGGCGGGGUGAGCUUUGCACCCAGACUGUAAUCCAGCCAUUGUCUGCCAGGAUGGCACUCUCCCAGGGCAGCAGACAGUGGUCUGUGGAAGGCUGGGAAAACCACAGGCGUAUUUCAUGGUGAAGACACAUUUGCCAACACAUUACUGGGCAGCCAGUUGUCAUACUUUGUGAAAAUUUAGCAAGUGUUCCAUCUCAGCCCCAUGUUGCUUCCCUGGGGCAGAUGAAUGUGCCAGUCCGCUCAGAGAAAGGACAACAUUCUUUGGAAACCUGGUCUCCAGAGUUUGGGUGUCUAUGACUCCGCAUGUGUGUGUGUCUCUGUCUGUGUAAUUAGAAGUGUUCACUCCAUCCUUCAGCUGUAAGGUUGUGUUCCUCCCUCUCCGCCCGCCGCAGCUGUCCUGCCGUGCCCUGCCAGCACGGGCGAGGCCCUCGCUCUCUGACGGGCACUUUGGUCUUUUCUGUUUAGUACCUCACUCUCCAGGGAGCUCCAUCUGACCCGCUGACUCAGAACCAGGCAAGAUUCCCACCCUUUGGCACAUCCAAGUGGCCAAGUGGAAGGCCAAGUGAGUUUAAAAUUUUAAUGAAUCACCCUUUAUUUUUUACACUUGGGAGUGGUUGUAAUAAAGGCUGUCAUUAAUAAACUUGGUUCUACCUUA